AUGCUUUACUUGUCAUUACUAAUUGACGACCAACUUGAAAAAAUGAGUUUUACGCAAAUGCUGUCGUAUCGAGACCGACUCAUGAAAGUUGCCCUUGGAGCAGCGAGCCCAGACAGAUGUAUCUGUCUUGAGUGGAUGCUUCACGAUACUGUCAUGGCCAUGCGAAGUAUGGACGAGGUUCUGGCAAAUGAUGUCGCCCAGGGAUUUUGUCAGCUUCUGCAAGCCCAGACGUCCCAGGAGAGAACCACAGCAAACACUCUCGGGUCAUACCUCAAAUUCAGGGAGACAGAUGUGGGCAAAACACUCUACACAGCCCUCAUUAGAUUUGGUGCCAAGCUCGAUCUCACUCCCACCGCACUUGAAAAUACAGCCGCUUUGGAAAGCACCGCAUUUAGGCAUGUCAGUGUUAUGAAUGAUAUCUAUAGCUGGGAGCGAGAAUGGAAAGUAUACCAGGAAAACCCAACCGAUGGUGCCCAGCCAUUCUCCGCCAUCUACAUCCUUGCGAACGAGACAGGACUACCAUAUACAGCCUGCAGACGAUUAAUGUAUAGCUAUUGUCGGGAAUUGGAGCUCGUUUUCAAACAAUCCAGCGUUGAAAUCCGACACAACACCAUGGAAGGCUUGACACAUGAACUAGAGAUGUACAUCAAAGGUCUAGAAUACUUCAUGUGCGGCAUUGAGUUAUGGAGCCAGUGGACUCCACGAUAUCGACAAUAA